CUAUAAAAUAUCAUAUUAACACGUAGCCUACACGGCUACACAUAUCAACUUUUACAUAUACAAACUAUAUAUAUAUAUAACACCAUAUAUUAUAUGUACAUAUAAGAAUAAUCUAAGUGUAAUUGAGAGAGAAAAGUAGAAGAAGAAAGAUGGUUUUGGUGACCUAUAACAACUAUGCUGCUGUUGAAGAAGAAAACUCUGGUUUUGUCUCAGAACUUGCAACUCAAAGACUCUAUCACACCAACAACCAUAAUGAAAUGACUAAACUUCUUGUGAGUCUACCUCCACUUGGUUUACAUCUUCGAAAAGAAUCAUCUUUGUUAGACUUGAUCGAAACAAGGCUAAACCCUCAACAAGUACUACUUGAUAGUACUAUUAUUAAUCAUAAUAAUAUUAAUAACCAAGUCGAGCCCAUACUAAAAAAGGCUUCAAAACUCAAUGCUUCCCUCAUCAAAAUCGGCUCAUGGCAGAGAGUGGCUGUACAUGAAGAGGACGUGGUAACAAAAUGUUACUUUGGUAAAAAAAAACUAGUGUGGGAAAUUCUAGAAAGAGGUUUGAAAAGCAAGAUUGAAAUACAUUGGGAGUGUAUUAUGGGAAUGAGAGUCUCUCUUCAAAAAAACCAACCUGGGAUUCUUCAACUUGAGUUAAGUGAGGCACCGUUGUUCUUCAAAGAGACAGAUCCUCAGCCAAGGAGGCAUACUCUUUGGUCUUCAGCUUCUGACUUCACUCAUGGUCAAGCUACAAUAUGCAGAAUUCAUCAUAUGGAAUUUGCUCCUGGUGCUUUUGAUAGACACUUCGAGAAGUUAGUAGCUUUUGAACCUCGAUUCCUUAAUUUAUGUCGAGCCCCUUUUCCUUCUUCUAACCAAUCUACUUUCUUCUAUUCAAAUUUCCCUAAUAAUUAUACCAAUCAUAAUAAUAAUAAUAAUAUUAAUUAUGGCACCAAACAACUUCAUCAACAACAACACCCUUGUCCUACUUCAUCAUCAACAAACAUGUCUUAUUUUCCACAACAACACUAUCAAGUUUGCAAUGAAUCAUCUACAGAAAUUAUGGAACUUUCUCAAGCUAAUUUAUUAGAUGAUGAUGAUGAGGCUUGUUGGGCUCAAAAAAUGACCAAUAAUAAUAAUUAUGAUGAAAUAAGAGAUAAUAGAGAUCAUGAGAUGAAGCAAGGCUUAUAUUCUACUAUUGUGACAGUAACACCACCACAAAAUUAUUACAAUGAAUUAGGAGAUGAUGAUCAACAAGUCUAUGAUGAUCAAUUCCAAAGUGGUGAUGAUCAAUUAUUGAGUUUCUCAGAUCAAGAAUAUGUCAUUAAUUCUAAUGAUAUUUUUACACAACAACAACAACAGGUCAUGGGAAUAAGUAUCAAUCAUCCAUUUGGUUCUUUGACAAGUAUGGAGGAAGCCAGGAUUAACAUUAGUCUUAUGGAUCAUAAUUAUUGUUACAAUUAUGGACAAGAAAAUUAUUAUCAUGAUAUAUCACAAGAAUAUCAUCACUUCAAGAGAUAAUUACUUGAAAUAUAUGCAAAUUUUGAUCCAUGUAAUAUUAAAACACUCUUAAGAAACUCUAGCUGUUGUGAAUGAUUUUUGUUGUUUUCUUCUUAUAAUUAACGUUCCUAAUUAUAAUGAUCUUAUAAAAAAAAACAACUUCAUUAUAGUGGGACAUUUUUUUUUUGGUGGUCAAUUUGUCUAAUUACUCACUAUUAUAAAAAUUAUUAUUUCUGUCGGUCUUCAAAAUAUUUUUUUUUAGACCGUCACUAAAAAAUUAAAUGAGUGUUUGAAACAGUCAAUUAAAGUAGAUUAUUCUCAAUAAUUUUAAACUGUCAUGUACUUUUCUAAUUGGUUUAAAAGAGUUACAAGCCAAUAAAAGAAAUGAGAUUUUAAAGGGCAUCUUGACUGUUUAAAAUCGUCAGGAUACUAUGGCCAAGUGUCAGGCAUAGUAUCCCGACGAUUUUAAACUGUUGGGGAUUUUUCUCUCUUUUAAUAAAACCCCAAUGCAGAUCUAAGUUAAAAUCAUUUCCUCUCUCUCAAACAUAGCCUUAAACCUAAGUGACCCACGUACUUUCCUCCCAAUCGCACCUCUUCUCUUCAAACCAAGAACACAAACUCAAAUCCCCUCUAUCUCUUUCUUCGUCCUUUUCGUGUGCCUGCCUCUCUCUCUCUCUCUCUCUCUCUCUCUCUCUCUCUCUCUCUCUCUCUCUCUCUCUCUCUCUCUCUCUCUCUCUCUCUCACACACACACACAAGUUUCACACAGUUGGUUGCCAUGUCUGUAUUUGAAAUUCUCGUUCCUUUAAAA